AUAUCUGAAGAAUAACGAAAGAAAUAGACUAGAAGAUCUGGGACUAUUAUAUGAACAGACUGGUAGAACACUGAGCCUCACUGUAAAGCAGCUUCACAAAGUACAACAGUUACUAUAGUAAUUUAGUCUUUGAUGAACAUCAGUUGGUCUGAGUGUCUCCGUUUGAUCCUCCUUCUUCUCCAACUCACCACUGUCUCCACACAGGAGAGGUUUGAGGUUCUUGGUCCAGUUGAUCCUGUAGUUGCUGUAGCUGGUGAAGAUGUUGUUCUGCCCUGUUACCUCAAACCCAACAUCAGUGCUGUGGACCUGAGUGUCGAGUGGUUCAGAGCUCAGACCGACGACCCACUUGUACAUCUUUAUCGGGAUCAUGAGGACAGAAAUGAGAAUCAGCUUCCAUCCUACAGGGGAAGGACAUCACUGUUCCUCGAACAACUGAAGAAUGGGAACACGUCAUUAAAAGUGAAAAAUGUGCGAGUAUCUGACAAUGGAGAAUAUAAAUGUCUUGUCCAGUCAGAGAAUUUUUUUGAGGAUUCUUCCAUUCAAGUCUCUAUUAAAGCUGUAGGAACCCAACCAGUGAUCUCCAAUGAGGGAUAUAAAGAAGGAGGGAUCAGUCUGGUGUGUGAAUCUAAAGGCUGGUACCCUCAGCCUCAAGUGGUCUGGAUGGACAGUGAAGGACACAGUCUCCCUGCUGGACACACAGAGAUGCACAGAGACAGUAUGGACCACUAUAUUGUGAGACGACGUGUUAUUGUACAGGAGACCGAGAACAACAGGUUCACCUGUCGAGUUCUACAGCAACAGUUAAAUGAAAUGAAAGAGACAAUAACUUACAUCCCUGGUGAGAUGUUCCAUCGUGCCCAUCCCUGGAAGGUGACGUUUGCUGUCAUCUUCAGCCUGGCUGCUGUUUGUAUUAUUGGAUGCACAGUUUUGAUUCACCGUUUUGUAAAACUGCGGAAAAAGAGAGCUCAGCUCAAAGAACAGCAUGGUGAGCUCAAAGAACAGCAUGGUGAGCUCAUGAAACAGGAUGGUGAGCUCCAAGAGCAGCACGGUGAGCUCAAAAAACAGCAUGGUGAGCUCCAAGAGCAGCACGGUAGGUAAUACAGCUGUAUAAAAGUGAUGACUGGAAAUGUUUCGAUUUCAUAUCUUUCAGAUAAAUAUCAAAAAUAAUUUCCUGUCUC